AGGUAAACACAAUGGAAGCUGGAAGAGAGUAGUUGUUUUAAUGGAAUUUCUUGUGAUUUUCAGCAGUUAUUGAGUGAUAUGUUGUAUUAGAAACCAUGUAAUUUGCGGUGUUUGAAGAGAGAGAUCUGAGGUGUGCGGGCGGACGAUGGGCGUGUGGGCGGACUGGUGGUGGUGGUGCGCGAGGCCCGGGCGCCUGCCUCGCGCCGCGCCCCUCUCCAUCCUCCUGGCCACGGUCCUCACCAUCAUCUCUCUCCUGUUCCUCCUCAACGCCAAAGCCUUGAGUCGUCACCCGACCCCGCGCCAGGUGCUGGAUAUGGGUGACCAUGACUUCGAGGGCGCCCCGCAGCACCACCCAGACCUUGUGUCCUACAUCAGGCAGCUGCACCUGCUGGCGCCGAAGGGGGCCUCCGCGCCGUACGCGCUCAGUCGACCCAACGCCACCGACUUCUCGCAGAACGGACAGAGCAAGGAAGUCGAGAAGGCUCUCAAGGGGAAGCGCGGCGGAGUGUUCGUGGAGGCCGGCGCUUACGACGGGGAGCAGCUGAGCAACACGCUCUACCUGGAAAGGAGCCUCGGCUGGAGGGGCCUCCUGGUUGAGCCCGACCCGUGGAACUUCUGGUCGCUCAGGAAGAAGGGCAGGAAGGCCCACCUGGUGAACGCGUGUCUCUCCCCGAGCCCCUACCCCAGGGAGGUUACCUUCAAGCAAAGCGACACCAUGGGCCACAUAGCGAGCCAGGGCGAGGAGGCCAACCGGCGGGGGAUCUUCACCAGGGUCAAGUGCUUCCCUUUGUACUCUCUCCUCCUCGCCAUCAACACCACGAAGGUUGACCUCCUCUCCCUCGACGUAGAAGGAGCAGAGCUACAGGUAUUGAAAACACUUCCCUGGGAGAAGGUGCAGAUCCAGGUGCUUUGCAUCGAGCACCGGCACAUCCCCGAAGGCAGUCAGGCCCUAAGAACCUACCUGGAGGAACGAGGCUACGCUCUGUAUAGUUCCGUUGGCGAUGAUUACAUCUUCGUCAGAAAAGAUCUAGAGAAGAUCCCACAAGAAGAUUUGCUGUAGAGGGUCGCACAUCACGUGGGGUUAUGUGGACAACAUCCAUAGUGUUUGUGUGAUAUUCGCGGAGAACUACUUAACGUACUAUGUAUCUGCGUGUAAAGUAUGGUGAUUUUGUCUGUAUACGAGAAGCCGCAUAUUGUCUCAUCUUUACCGCUUACACAAACUAGAUUUUUACAUUACUGUUAAGGCGGCAUAAGGUUGUGAAUACUCUGUGAUAGUUCGCGACGAUUUUCAUAAAUGUACACUUUUCAUAUACAACUUUUUUAACGCACUUUUUGAAUGACAAUGAGUUAAUACGUUUUGAGUGGAAUGUAAUUACUGUCAUCAAACAGAAUUUCCAGAUCCAUAGGCUGUUCGAAGUUUUGUACUUACUCUCUGUAUCAUUUUUAACCAUGCUGUAGGUUUUAAUUGUGUUUUUAUGGAUGUAGUGGACUGUGCCGGAAUUAAAUUAUAUUUUGUCUUCAUUGACUCAUUGUUUCUUGUAAAUAUAUUUAAGGAUUUUAUUUUAUGUC